UGAGAAAUCUUCAAGUCCUGGUUGGCACGAAGGUGCUUUUCUUCAUUCCGCAAUGGGGCUUAAGCCUCUAGAAUUCGAGGAUUGCAUUUUGGAUAGUCCGUAUUUUCGCGAGAACAUUCAUGAACAUGAACGAGAACUCGAGCGAACGAACGAGGCCAUCAAAGGCCUUAUCAAAGAAUGCAAGACUUUACUGAAGGCCUUUGAAAGUAAGUGCUCUUGUUCUAUUCCAAUUUAGUUUGUGUAUUACAUUUUUGAUGACGCUUAAAAAUUCGCGGAGGUCUUUGAAGUGAAUGCCUCACAAGAGAGCUGGACAGCAGCAGACCUGAUAACCCCGAGGCAACUCGACUUCCUGCAAAAGUACGAAAUAUAGUGAACUUUAAAGAAAAAAAUAUGCCACAGAUCUUCGGCGUUGCAUUUGUUAUGUGAUCGUCAAUUUUUUGUUUUUUUGUAGAAUCUGUUUUCGUUUUAAAGCGCAGCGAUUUCAAGAAUUAAAAUAAGCUUGAUGUUCCUGUCAAAUGAGGUCGUCAAUUUUAUGACCCCUUGUAGGAUUAAUUUCCUGGGCUGCAAUUGAUGCACACAAAAUUUUGUUUCGAAGAAAUUUCACCUUACCGAGAUCGAGCUAUUUUUUCUCUUUCUUUUAUUGAAAAUUUUACAUAGUUUGUUACAUUAUAUUUAAUUUUAAUUUUCGGCCACUGUACAUCUUAUAAGACUUGUGUCUGAAUGUGAUGAUUGAGCAAAAUGGAUAAAAGCGUACGUUUAUUUGAAACCAUUUUUUUUAAUGAAAACUUAUGUUUUUACUUCGGGGAGUUCUCUAUUUGUGUCUUAUAUAAAUAAAGCUUUGAACAUUAGAGUUCUUUAUAGGGCCCGGUAGUAAAAAAUUAUUUCAAAUUUAUCUCAUAAUUUAACAAUAAAAACAUUUACCCGAAGAAGCUCCAAAGGAAGUUGAAACCCUGUCCGAUCAUCCGUCCAAUACCACUGUAUGGGCAUUCCCUUGUAGAUGUUUAGAAGCUAUUUUUCAAAUUUGUUUUUGUAAUAUUAUUGUUUACAAAAUCGGCUCAUAUAAGCAGAAAUUUUAAAAAGAAUUCCUGAUUUCCCGAUUUUGGCUUUGUUUAUAACGGGCAAUAAAGGAUAUUUGUGAGAUGAUCGUUAUGUUUCAUGUUUACUAGAUUCUUUAAAUUUUACACCUUUAGAUUUUCAGCAGUGAGUAGAUUUGUAAUGAAUUUUUUGUCCUUUUUUUCCAUCAAUUAUGUAAUCAGCAAGAAUGUUUUUGUUGUUUUGAAUUAAAGGGGCAGGCUUAGGUACCGUUUAUCUUGGAAAAUCACAAAUCAGCUACAAAUUGUUAAAGCCAUCCUUGAUUUAGUGCAAGCAUUGCAAAUAUUUUGUUAACAUUCAGUUAUCUUAUUUGCUUACAUAAAAUUUAGGGAUCCUAUGUAUACAUUGUAUUAUUACAUUGUAUACCUGGUAAGCAAAUGACAAGAAAUUCUUCUUUGUCAUUUUUCUUGUACAUUAUUUCAUUUUCAUUCAUUUGUUCACUUUAAUAAGUGAAAUGCAUUACAGCAUAUUUUUGGUAGGGCAAAACUAUGAAAAAGAAAGUAACACCAAAGUAAAAUAACAAAAUAGCAACAACAGAUCAGCUGUAAAAUACAGUAAGUAUACAAGGGCACUUUUUUAUGUGAAGAGUGAUUUUGUAGUCACCUUGUGGGAUUUGCUGUAGCCUUAAUUGCCUUUUAAUUUUAAGUCUUUUAGGAGUGAAACCACAUUAAAAUCAUCACCAGAAAUCAGCAAGCCAAUACAUUGCUGAUUACAAGUUUAUAGCAAGUAGUACAAAAUUAAUAGAGCAGGAUUCCUUUUAAGUAACCAAGUCCUUUGAAUUCAAGUCAGAAAAAUAUGUGGAUUUCAACAGUCACACUAAAUAUUAAAGUACUUUUGGGUCCUUGUAAAUCCGGAUGGUGGGUAGCUAGUGUGCUAUAUUGUGUUUAUUGUAUUGCAUUUUUAAUCUGCUCUAUUUUGUUAUUUUGUUGAUUGUUGUCUGUAACGUCAAAAUGUGUUGCAACUUUGAUAAGCACGUAAACUGUCUGAAUAAUAUUAUUGCUUCCUCACUCUAUCUAUAAUCUAAUUUGAUUGCUUACUUAGAAGUCCUCCUAUAUUUUUUCCUGUGCACUCUCAAACAAAUAUACCUUAAAUUUGAAUAGGGGUCUUGAUCAGCUGAUUUGGGAGAAAAAUGUCCCCUUCUUCAAUAUGAAAUAACAUGAUUACCAUGCAUCCAUACUCCUUUGGUAAUAUCAGAGCAGUGUGCUCUUGUAUGUAAAGGCUUUAUUUGUUUGCGCAGUACAAGUUUAGAGCUCAGAUGUUACUGGUUAUACUUUUAUAUGACAUUAUAUUAUAUGGUUUUUGCUCUUAGAGCCUAGCAAUAUGGUUAGAAUUGCUUGGUACAAAGUUAACUGUUUUUGAUAUAGUAAUAUCAAAUGGAUAGAGUUUAGGGGAUAGUGGCACUGACAUUAAAAAUAACAGACAAUAUUCAUUUGUAGAUUUUCAAACUCAAUACCAUGUUGUGAAGAGCUGUGAAAUUUUUAUACUGUUGUUACAAGUAGGAACAUUUGGUGGCUUUUAGUAACAGAAUCUACAUAAAAAUAACCAGAAAAAUUGCAGAUUUAUAUUAGUAAUGUACUGAAAUGAAACAAAAUGUACUAAUUUUAAGGUUUUCAUACUGUCUAUCUUGCAAAACAAGGAAUUUUAUUUUAACUUGAAUUAAGUCUUCAAACUAACAAUAAUAGAAGUUUCUUGGAUCAACAAGAGUAACAAAUUAUUAAUUUUGUAUUCCUUUGUUUUCUGCAUAUAUAUAUAUUUUGUUUUAAUAAAAUGUUAUUUCAGUCAUCAAUUCUAAUUUAAAAUAUGACUUUUGCCAUUUUAUUAGUCUGUUAUUCUAUUAGUUUAUGAUAAAUUAUUUAUAGGUUGUACAGCUGUUGAAAAAAAUUACAAAUUAUAAGUGCUUUUAAUAUGUCAAAGGACAUGUACAUGUACUUGCUUUACGAAUUAUUAUUUGAAACCUAAAACGUAUAUGUAUGUUUAAAAAUGACACUAAAAGUUGUAGGUAAGUGACAAAAAAUACAGUCAGUUAAAUAUUGAUUGGUGGUACAUUUUUAUGUGCAAAAAUAUCUUUUAUACUACAUUAAUUUUAUUAAAUGCUACACUACGUAAGUUUUUGUACAUGAUUGUAGUCAUGUACUAUUUUGAAAUAGUCUCUUAGCAGUUUAUUGUAGGAUUAAAACAAGUUUUCCAUGUUAUGGAAAGUGGACCCCUCCUCUACUUCACUCCUGGAGGUGAUGAUUAGCAAACCAAACCACAUUAAUUUGCAAGAUAACAUUGAAACUGUCAUUCCAUGGACCACAUAUUACCUGCCAGUCUAGUAUUGUACCAAAAUAUCUAAGGUCAUUUGUAUAAGCUGUCAAAGGUUACUUUCUACUAACACCUGCAUUGCUAGAUGGAGAUUGGGUACCUAGAGUUUCCAGGGGCUUCCACUUUUGGCAGCCAGCCCCUAGACUGAAUACAUGGCUAGCCCAACGGUGCAACCCAGCCAUUACCCCCCACAAAAAAGGAUAAAAAACAAAACAGGCACCCAUCACAACAGGAAGGGGAGGGGAGAAAAAACUGGAAGAAAGUAACCUCGUGUCAGGGGAAAAUGCGGCACAAAGGAAAACUACACAUGCCACUGAAUAAGGUGAAACAUGUAGCAAGCUACUAGGCAUGCACAUGCUGAUAACUAUCGACCACUAGCACUGAAGGUGCUUUUGGUUGAAAGUUAGUUACUUAUCUGUAGUUACUCGGCCUAAAGUUACAAGUGUUUGCUCUAUACCUGUGCAUCUUUUCUAGAUUUAUCAAAGGCACAGAGGAGUUUUGCCCAAGUACUUAACGACCUUAGAUUUGAGUACAUUGGUGAGGUUGAAACAGAUGAUGAAAUGCUGAUUGGUGAGUAUUUAACCACAUCCUUUUUGUAGGAGAAAACUUAGGCAUUUUUAUAAAACAGUUAGGUUGAAUUUAUGGAGAUCUGGAUACUGCUUCUGAUUGGUUGUGCCAUGAGAGAAAUUUGCCUCAACGAAGUGAAAGCACUCCCCAGAUCUGAGAAGUGAUGCGUCAUCAGUAUGGAAUUUCUGCAGUCAUUGCUCAGACGUCAUUUCAUGGGGAACACCAUUUGUGGUGUCGUGAAAUGCUGGCUGUUUUCUCACACUUAUUUAUGAAUGGAAAGGGCCAUUUUGUGUCAAUAAUUCACCUGGGUUUUCUUUCUCAAAUUUUAGCGGAUGCACUGAAGGAAUUUGGCAGAAUGAUUGAUGGUGUAGAAGAUGAAAGGGACAGAAUGGUAUGUGUAUAGCUUGUUUGUCUUGAAGGGCUUGAAAAAAAACUUGAAUUUCAGCUUGUCCAUUGGGCAAGCAGCUCUCCCAUUUUGCUUGCCCAGGGACACUUCUUGCUUGCCUUAGUUCAUGAUUUUGUUAGAGGAUGAUUUGUUUCAAAGUUACUUGCCCAGCAAGAAAAUCUAAGUGUCCCAGACUACCAGACGGGGCUUUUUUGAGCCCUUUAAUUGAUUUCAUCUCCAACCAAUUACUUUAACCAGUUUUCUACUAGUAACCUGUUGCCGCUGUGCUUGCACUGAUUUCUGAUACAUGUACAUCAACAACUUUGUGCAUAAAUAUCAUAUGCACUCACUUUCCAUGUAGUAUUUAUUAUGAUGCUGUGGUAAUAUUUAAGUGUUUCAGAAGUUGAAAUUGUUGUCCAUUUUUUGUUUCUCUGCAGUUAAACCAUGCUAAUUCCCAAUUAAUUGUGCCACUGGAGACAUUCAGGAAGGAGCAGAUUGGUGGUGCGAAGGUAGGAAUAUCCCUUUCAAGAAUAAUAUCAGCCGUAGUAAAAAAUAGUUGCUAAGAAAUUCAUUUUGAAAAUAACAAAAAGGUUAAUAAUGACAGAGUGAAGAAUAAUAAUAAUACUUACAUCAACAACAAUGAUAAUAGUAACAGUAACAAUAUUUAUACCAUUGAUGUAGUUAUAUUUUUUUUGUAGGAGGAAAAGAAGAAAUUUGACAAGCAGACGGAGAAAUUUUGUCUAUCGUUACAAAACUACCUAAACCUAUCUUCAAAGAAAAAAGAUUCUAUUUUGACAGAGGUGAGAUUUUCUUUAUUGGCACAGGAAUGGUAAAAUGAUAAAUAAUGCUUUCACCUUUGUUUCUAGUUGAAGUGUGCUAAGCUGCUUCAGUUAGUUCACUUGACCUCUGCUCAUAUGAUUUUAAAAAAAUAAUCCCAAUAGAACAUAACAGGAUUAGAAACCCCACUUUCAGGAGGUAACCAGUUGGUUAUUUAUGAGCAAGGCUGAGGACUCAGAGCAACUAAGAAACAAGCUAGAAGGACUCAAACAUUUUUCUUCCUCUGGAUUUUUAGUGUGAUGCACUGACCACUUGCCCAUGCAAACUGCCUCCUCUUCUACUGGAUGACACAGCCUUACUAUCCCCAUACCUAGUUCAAAUACCAAUGCUGCAACUGACAAAUGCUACAACACAGCCCCCGCACAUUCUUCUCAAAAUCUACACCAGGGGCCCUUUUCUUGAAAGUUGGGAAAGAAGGUCUGGAAAGCGGAUGUUGUUUUUAUUCAAGCUCAAGGUUUCAAUAGUUUUCCAACAAUAAUUACGAUAAAAGUUUAUAAAACAAAAGGGACUGUGUUGCAAGCUAGGACCAGCAUUUUAAUUCUUUAGAAAAAAAAGUUAUUGGGAAUCUCAAGAAACGUGCCCCAUGACCUCUGAUUUUAAAGGAAAGGAAAGAAGUACCAAAACAGUGAUUAUGUUUUCAAAAAGAGUUUUUUGAUUCAAAAAUUAGGCUGACUAUCAACUCCAGUCGGAAAAGCGAACGUUUCAUCAAACAGCUCUGGAUUAUGUUGUCAAACUCCAAGAGGUCAAUGAGAAAAAGAAGUUUGAAUUUGUGGAAACUGUAAGUUGAACUCUCUUAGUUGCACUGUAUAAAUUACAUUUGAAGUGAACUCAGGUUCUUGUAAAAAGUGACUUAUGUAUGCCUGUAUCUUCUUGUUUUACGUGGACUUGUUUUUAAUAUUUCAAUAACAAAGCAUGGUUUGAGUUUGGAAGUCACGCUUAUGAUUUUUCCAAUAAAAUGUGAUAAAUUCAAGUCUAGCCUAAUUUUUCCUGCCUUUUUUUUCAGCUUUUAUCUUUUAUGUAUGGACACAUGACUUUCUUUCAUAGUGGUAAGGCUUUCAAACCCAUUUUUUUUUAUUUACGUCUAUAUUUGUUUUAUAAACUGUUAACUGAUUUUUUUUAUUUAGACAUGUCUUUUUCUGUUUAAUUUUUGAAAAAGGUCAUGAGGUUUUUAAGGACUAUAUGGAGUACAUGACAGAUCUCCAACUCAGACUUCAAAAUGUGAGUAACUCAUUAACUUUGUCCUCUUGUGUGUUAAUGUAAAGUAUUUUUAAAUCUUUCCAUGUACAGUAAAUCCAGCAUCAAUUCAGCUGUCACAUCUAUGUACGUACAUGUACCUUUUACUCAUUAACAAUUCAGUUUUGACUGCUCGAUUUUCUUUUUUUGAUUUGCCUUGUAGACAAGAGAAAGAUUUGAAACUACUAAAGAGGAAGCAGAAACUCUUAUGACUAAAGUGCAGCAGGUGAUGUAUCAAAAUAUUUAAUCACCUUCAAUUUUAUUCACCAGAUAACUCUUACAAAAUUAAUUUACUGGUAUUUAUACUAAAAUACUACAAAAGAUUUAAUUGUAAUUUUUUUUUUUAUCCAUAACAAAAAAAUCUUAAAUACUUAAUACAUUACUGCAAUAGCAAAAUUCAUACAUGUACAGUGUAUCACUGUCAGCUGCACAUUGGCGUUUUCCACUUUUACUAUGAAACCAAAUAGAAAGCUUUUACGUACAUGUUCUUUUUUUGAUACAUGUAUCUCUUUUCAGAAAGCACAAAGUGGUGAACUUCAGUAUCAUGGUGCUCAUACAAGACAAGGAUAUCUUGCAGUUCAGAAGAAAGGUUAAUGCCUAACUUGGGUUUGUCUUCUACAGACGAUCCCUUCAUCUGAUCUACCCCUCUAAUUUCUGGAUGCACCGUAUGUUGUAGAUGAUAUCCAUUCCUCAGGUUAAAGCGGUAUCCAACCUAGUUUAAUUCAUAAUUUUCUUCAUUUCUCACCCCUGAUACACUUGGAAAAUUCUGAAUUAACCUAAGAACAAAUUUCACCUUUAACACUAUGUCUUAUUUCACCAAGGGGGUGCAUGUGAAGUUUUAUUUGUGAUAAAAGUAGCAAGUGACUGACACAUUACAUUUGCUUCUUGCAUCUUUGAUUGUGAAACAACACUGUAGUUCUGAAGUAUUUGUCAGUAGCUACAUACCUGUUACAGGUAAAAAUUAAAUUCAGGUUAAAUUUUUUAACCUAGGUUGAUUUUCAAUUCCGUUUGUCUCCUAGCCUUACUGUGAAACUCACAAAACCGUGAACACCAGAAAUAUUUGUGUAAUGUUAUAGUGUUGCGAGAAAUGAGCCAAUAAGGCGCUAGAUAACUAAACUGCAAACAGCAACGGUAGUUAAUUUGUGGUUUGAGGUUUGCUUGCAUAUCCUGAACUUUAUUGUGAUUGGCCACAAUCAACAUUCCUGAAAUUUUUCAGGUGUUCACGGUUUUCUGAGUUUGACAGUAAUACAUACAUGAAUAAUUAGAGCUAGACAAUGGAAUUUGAGAAUCAAAGUAGGUCAAAAACUUUUAACCUGAAUCUAGUUUUGAUCUGUAACAUACCCAUGAACCUCUUAUUGCUGGCCGAGACAAAAUCAUGGAAAUUCUGCGUGUACGGUAUAGUGAGAUCAAGCUUAGUUUCAGUUUUGUUCGAAUGAGGUAGCUACCGAACCAAGUGAUAACUUAUUUAGAGAUGUGAGGAUGAAAAGCACUGACCAUGUUGUAAACCUGGACACUUUUAGGUAGCCUUGGAACUACAUGGAGUAAGCAUUAUUGCAUGUACACAAAAGAAAACAAGAUUCUUACAAUGAGACCUUACACACAGACACAAGGACGACUGGUAAGUGCACUCAUAAAAGCUAAAUGUAGAAUGAUUAUGCAAGGUUAAUUUAAAGCCAUUUACAAGUACUUAUUAUAAACACCUCUCCUUGUAUUUCAGAAUACUAAUACAGACACAAUGGUGGUCCAGUCUUGCGUGAGGUAAAAAAAAUGCAGUGAUUUAGUAUUGCUGAAUAUAGAUAUAAAGUAAAAUUACAUAUCUUGCAAAGAGCACGACACAUAAAGUUGUUUAUUAGUUAUAUUAAUAUUAACCUGCGAACAGCAGACGUUUCUCCUCGCUGAUCGCCGCUGAGGGAUGUUUCGCGAGGAGGAACGUCUGCAACUCAGUGACAGAAAUUCCAUACUGAUGACGCAAAAUCUGUCCAGAAUCCAGUCAGAAGUGCUAAUUGGUCGACGGCGUAGUUUCAUUGUUUUAGCUGUUGUUUACGAAUGACAGACAAAAGACAAAAGGCCGCAAAGGUCAAAUGUAAAAACGAUGAAUCUGUAACAAAACAGUCAAUAUUUGUGGAAUAUAGUCUUCUCUAGAGGAAGCAUUUGAGUUUUGCUGGAGCUCAUUCGCAGAUGAACACAACACUUUACCAAAAUCGACCAGGAGAAACGUAAAAUUGAGCAAAUUUGCAUUUGAAACCCCAUGACUACCGGAUUUAUUAUGUAAACAUUGAUUUUUGUCAUCAGUAUGGAAUUUCUGUCGCUGAGUCGCAGAGGUUCCUCCUUGCGAAACGUCCCUCAGUGGCGAUGAGCGAGGAGAAAUGUCUGCCGUUCACAGGCUAUAUUAAUAUGGAUGUCUUUGGUUAGAGAAGUUAGUAGGUAUUGAUUUGUUCAUGUGAUGUUUAAAAUAAUAUCUAUUGAAGUGUCAUGCAAGUUUUGGUUGACAUCAAAGAAAUUCAUUGAAAAAAAAGCCAGAUUUCUAUUAGUUGCCCAGUAAAUCUUGUGAAAUUUCUAAUGUAAGGAAUAACACUUCCCGAUACUGGUGCUUUUUUUAAAUCUUUUUUUUUUAAUCAGCCUGUAAUCAUACUAGUGAUUAAUGCAGGAGUCCAAUUUGUUUUAUAAUGAGUAUGUGCUUACAGUCUGAUUUGGGCAACACAAUGUUCUGUUACCAAUGUUAAUCAUAACUACAACAAAAUUUGUGAUAAUUUAAGCUUUAGUUAAAAUUAACACACACGAUCUUCCGAGAGUGUUUUUAAAUUAAAAUUCAAAAGUGUGUACGCAAUGGCAUGUAAUGCCCAAAUAGACAUGAUGCACAGUGUCCUAUUACAGUGUUCUGUUAAUGCUGAAAUCAGAGCUGUUGAUAGCCAAUCAGAUUUCAGAAUUAUAGUUGUGAUUAACUCAUAUUUAUUUGUUUGUUUGAUUUGCAGAAAAAUGACAGACUCAAUUGAUAGGAGGUUUACUUUUGAAAUAACUGCUCUGGAAAGGUUAACCUAUAAAAAAAUAGUUCUUUUUCUGUCAUUUUCAAAUUUGUAAUUUUCUGUUGAAUUAGUAACUCAAUUUCAUUAUUUUUGUCUUCAAAAUCAUUAUCCCUUUCCAGAUCUCAACCCAUUUUAUUACAAGCCCAAGAUGAAGAAGAUAGAAAAUCCUGGCUGCAAGCCAUGGAUGGCAAAGAACCUGUGAGUUACACAGUGCUCCACCAAGACUUUCUGAUUUGAAAUGGUUUCUGUCUCCCUUUUCAAAUAUCACAAAAUUCUGAAAAUAAGCCCCACGGCUUAUAUUUUCAAAGGCCCUCUUUGAGGAGCUUAUACUUGGAGGGCUUGUUUUCGGAAUUUUACAGUUUUUUCACAGCCUCACUCUGUAAACUUAAUUCACAACAAGCAUUUACAGUAGUUUGUAACAUUGUUCUUAACUGUAUUCAUCAAAAUAUAUAGUAGUUUUGAAUUUUUAAUUUUCUCACUGUUGCUCUGAGAAACCUGGUUUCUUGAUGUGGUUCAUGGUGCCAUCACUAAUCAUUUUUUCUGUGCAUGAAAAUCAAUUAAACCAAAAACAUCAAGCAGAGUACAUGUAAUUUGACACUUGGCAUAACUUUUUUCAAGUCCCUAUAAUUGCACCAGGCUUUUUCUUUGGAAAAGUCACUGCAGAAUGCUUAACCCAAACAUGUCCUCAGAUCACAAAUUUUAAAUGCUUAAAAGGGCUUCACACCUUCCCAUCUCUGUUUUACCCGAAGACCCCCCGUCCCUGCUUCAAGCGGCUUGAUAAUGUACAUUUGCAUAUAUCUUGCAUACCUAGUUUUUGUCUUCUGACUUGUAAGGUAAUUGUUUUUGUUUCUUUCAGCUCUAUAUGGACUCCAAUAGCAUCCCUAAAUUUAAAGAUCGUAAGUCACUUGGUGUUAAAAAUUUUUCAAGAACCAUGCAUAAAAUAUUCUACCAUUUGCAUUAUCAUUGUCUUUGCAUGAUGAUAGUAAAAUUAAUUUAUGCAGUUCCUUUCCUCAAACAAUAAAAGGUACCAUUUUUGUGCUUUUUUCAGAGGAAACUAAAGAUCUUGAACUUACUUUUAUCUCAAAGUGCAUUUCAGCAGUGGAAAAAAGAGGUUAGCUUAUUCAAUAUUGUCUUAGAUGUUUUAGUGUACAGAUAUCUGCAAUUAUUGCUAAUCACAUGUAGAUUGGAAACGUUCAAGAACAAAAUGGUAACAAAACCUUUAGUGUAACAACAGUUAGUUCUCAUGUUAUUUUGUGCAUUUUUUGUUUAAUAUUCCAGGUAUUACAGACCAGGGUCUGUAUAGAAUAGUAGGCGUCGGGUCCAAAGUUCAAAAUCUCUUACUUCAGUGUAUUGACAAGAAAAAAGUUUCACAAAUCGGCCUUGCAGAUGACGAUUGUGAGUGGGAAGUGAAGACAAUCACCAGUGCACUCAAACAGUACUUGAGGUGAAUAUCAAAAUUUUUGUAGUAAUCUGUUUGUGAUGCUGUAGUUAAAGUGACUGACUGUAUGAAAUCACUUUGUGGUAAAGCCUAGCCUACAAGCUCUAAUGGGGUGAAGGUGGGGGAGGUUGCUUUCCCUGACCCCUUCCCACAAAGAGCUUGCUCACAGGCUAGGUACAUGUAAAGCCAAAUUGUGAAUUUGUUAACAUGUUAUGUUGUAUUAUUUUUUUUUGUAGGAACAUGCCAGAGCCUCUUUUUACUUAUGAUUAUCAUGAGCAGUUCCUUGAUGCAGUCAGUAAGUAUUUUGGAUGCAGUGAUAUCUUUACAAUGUAACAUCAGCAUCAGUUACUUUAGUGACAAGUUACAGGUACUUAAAUAUUUUAAUUCUUUCAACUAAUGUAGCAGGCUCAUUUUUACUCAACAACUUAAUGUUACUCUCAUACUCAUACUUUAUUUAUACUCAAAAACCUGCAGCUCGCUAGACCCCUAGCUUAAGUAGCUGAUGUGUCAAGUUUUGAAAGAAAAAUACAAAAUUAGGUAAAUAGGAUGUAAGAACUGUAUACAUGAUAACGGAACUGAGAAGGGGAAACCUGUGUUGGUUUUUUGUAGAACAAGAAACUUAUGAGAAGAGGAUAGAGGCACUCACAUCUCUUGUGGCCACCAUGCCCGAGGAAAACAGAAAACUUAUUGUCACCAUCAUGAAGCAUUUAAAAAAGUAAGAAGCAAUUUAUUAAAAUGGAGAUAAUAUUUAAAGUCAACUGCUCAGUGGCUGGUCACCUCAAUGAGAGUAGAUCUAUUUCCCAUAGGUGUAGAGAUUCUCUGACAUGUGAGCAAUAAAAAUUAUUAUUAGCAUGAAACAGGCGUGGAGUACAAGGCACAUGUUACAAGGGAACAAUCACAUGUCUCGUGCUCCAAAUACACUUAUGCUAGCCUCGCCUGAAAAAUGUGAAAAGAUAGAACCUGUUCUGCAGCUUAAACUAUGUGCUGUGUUUCUUCAUUCACAGUCAUCCUAAUUUCUCUAUUGUGAGUUGGAUGCCUGUGCUUUAUUGUCUCAAUUGUAGGAUGUGAACAUAUCCUUCAGUUUUAUUGAACCCAUCAAAGACCCUUUUAAAACUUUAAAGUAACCUUUGUUUUACAUUGUGUCUCAUCUACCCUCAGAGUCGCUGCUCAUUCCAAUAAAAAUUUAAUGGCAGCAAGUAACCUAGGUGUAGUGUUUGGUCCAACACUAAUGAAAUCCAGAGAGGAGUCCAUGGCAGCCAUCAUGAAUCUUAAGUACCAGAGUGUAGUUAUUGAGCUACUCAUUAAAGAAUUUGACGCAGUAAGUUCUGACAUUUUCAACGUUGUUUUUUUACUUGAAGAUGGUCACACCACAGUAUUGGUGUGACAGUAUUUCAUCCAUGAAAUUGUUAGAACUACCGAAUAAUUAUCAUGUCUCCAUUUAUUAUUAACUCUAACUGAAGAGUAAAGGAGGUUAACCCUUUAAGCCCUAAGAAUGAUCAGCAUCAAAUUUCUCCUUGUAAUAUCAAUGCUUUGUAAAACAGAGAGGUCAUGAGAAUUACAGACAUGAUCACACAAGAUGAAUUGGGUGAUAUUUUAUCAAUUUCUCCCCACUACUUCUGGAGGAAAUGAAUUGGGACAACAAAUGAGAAUUCAAUUUUUGAUCAUAGGGUUUAAAGGGUUAACCAUGAAAUUUGUCAGGAAGUGGUAGAUUGCGUGACUCUAAUGACUUGUUUUAUAGCGGAGCACCAUGAUAUGGGUAAGAAAAAGUGGUUAUCUGUGCAUCCAAGAAAUUUUGGUUUCUGACAGAAUUGUCCAUAGAUACGUACACAUCUUCAUGUUAGCGAAUGUCCAAGACAUAUGUAAAUGGCAUUUAACUUGAUAUUGGACUUCCAUUUUAUGAUAAAUUGACAGCUGUCAAAAUAGGGUACCCGCUGACCAGUGUCACAUGACUGUAUUGCAGGCUCAGGUGUGCAACUCAUUGUGGCGAUAUGUUUUUUUUUUUAACUUCUAUGCUGACCAGUUAUGGUUUUCAAGUGAUUGCAGGCUCAGAAAACUUUACUUCAGAUAGAGAUUUCUCAAAAAGUUCUUGCAAGAGCUUCGCUUUUGGCCUUGGCUAAAUCUAUAUAUCAUUCAAACUGAUCACCUACUUAUCUUUUUUUUUGGCAGAUUUUUGGACCAGAUAGCCCUGACAGUGGCAAGAGCUCAAACAAUUCCCUGAGUUCAAAUUCAGUAACCAUUAAUACAAAUCCAUUCUUGGAUGAUGAACCAGAGAUCUCUUCAGAUAACAUCACCAAUAACAAACCUAAGCCUCCACCCAAGAAGAGAAACAGUGACGAUUCUACCACAAAACUGAAUGACAGCAGAAAUGUCGCACCUACCAAACCCCUCCCCCUCCCCACUAAGGCAUACCGUGCCCCACCCCCUCCAAGCAACAAGCCCUCCCCGGCUGUGAGGGCGAGAGUAAAGGCUAUUGUUGGAUCGGGUAAGGAGGGUAAAACAACUGUAACUUGUUAACAUUUUUCCUACCAUUUUGAAUAACAACAACUGAUGUGUGUUGCUAAAACUGGGAUUUGCAUAAGGAAGCUUGAUUUUGAUUUGCAAAUGAAGGGAAAUGAAGUUUGUUUGUCCUAUUCACUGCAGACAUUUUGAGUUGAUCAAAGUAAAUGUAAGGCAUUGAAAACCAUGAGUGUGUUUUAACUGGCCAAAUAGGAGACAAAAACAGACUGUAGUCAAAAGAGAUGGGGUGCUGCCCCCUCUUUUUUCGAAAAAAAUAAAGAUGUACUGGAAGAAAAGUCAAUAGACCAUUUUCGAUAUAUUAGAAUUCAAACUUGGCACUAAGGCUUGGGGAAUAAAACAAAAGAAAUGGUCCCCCCCCAACUUGGAAGAACGUUCUGCUGUCCCUUAGCCUCCCCGCAGACGUCCUUUGGGGUUCGUUUGGGGAGGCUAGCUGUCCCUGUGAUGGCAUCUUUAUUAGCAAUAGUUUUUAUUUGUUUUUAAAAUGUGAAAUAUUUCUUUUUUUAUUUGACUCAGAGGAGGAUCUAAGCAGUACUUCUGACUCAUCAAGUUCUAAUUCAUCUUCUCAAAAUGGUGUGAAACAACCCUUGUCACCAAGAGAGUUUUGGAAAGAGAAAGCCGGUGAGUGGGACCAGAAAGUUUCUGCCGGUAUUUCAACAAAGCAGUAAAAAAAAAGAAGCGGCACAGCGUGCAAAGAAAGUAGUGUCCGAUAGCCCGGGGCUAGUGGAUUUUGCUAUCGGGCUAGUGAAUUCUGUUUUUAACUUGCCCGACUGGUAAGUGAAGUAUUUUGAGGAAUUCAACUUACAGAAGAAUUGUGAAAUCAAUUCUGCUCAUCAAAAAAAAAAGGGGGCUUGUUGAAAUGACGUUUGGGCUUGAAUGGUAAGCUGUAAAAAUGACUUUCUUUGCACCCUGCGGCACAUUCUAAAAGUCUAAUUGACAAAUAAAAUAUUAAUGCAAGUCACACACCCACCAAUAAAAUAUUCAAUAACUUUUUUUCAGCUGGAAAACCAGCCCCACCUCCCAAAAAGCCGGAAGUUGUGUAAGUAAACUUACCAUUUUUUAAGCAAGAUGUACAGAAAAUUUACUGUUAAAACAACAGCACGUAAGCUUAACGUGGAACUGUUUUAUCUUGUCAGGCUACGAGAGCAAGUUUUUUUUUUGCUAGCUAAUUUAUUGCUACUAAUCAUGGUCACUUGUUAUCAUUGUGAAAGGCUGCAUGUUAUUUUGACUGUGUGCCAACACUUAAAUUGAAAGCUGGCAAAGUAGUUACGGCCUCGUUACACACAGACGAAAAGAAAACUGAUAUUUUGUUUAAAGUUCUUGAUAUUUUCCUUAACUUAGUCUACCAAUAUUAAACACGAAAAUGAAUAUGUAUCUGAUAUCAGAGUCCCAGAAUGGCUGGUUGUAUUGGAAAAUGAGGCACAGUCGUAGUUUUGAAUAACACAGCAUUUGAAAACUAAGAUUGUUAUUUCGAUUGCCUAAUUUUGGAAACAAGACCCAAGACAGUGCUUUCAAUUGAAGAGAACAUGAGAAAAGACGCUGCAUUUUAAAUGCAUCGUUAGUUUUAAAUCAGUUAAUUAAUUGUCCACAAUCUACAAUUUGCAGUCAGCUUUUAGCCCAGCAGCUGUUAUUUGCCCUGUGCAUGCUUUGUCUGUUGGCUUGAUGCUUUUAUUUUGCUUGUUUGCUUGUUUGUUUUAGCGCUGAGUUUAAAAGCAGAUUUGAUGCAGGCUCUUCACGACCGUUUUCUAUGAUAGAUCCCACGUAAGUUUUAAAGAUUCUUGAAAUCUAAAAAUGGCAGUUUCCUCCUGGAGUGGUUUAUUUAUGUUGUAUCAUUCUCGAAAAUUAAGGACUUAUCAUUUCCGUUUUUUUUAUAUUUUUGUUUGUGGUCUUGAAGAGCAGCCACAGUUGGAAUUUAUUUUCUGUUGCUCUAGCUGGUCAUCUCUUGCUAUCUAAGCAGGCGUAAAAAAAAAAUUAAUAGCACUUUUAUCUAACUGAUAUUUGCAAUUUACUCUACUAAUCUUACUAAUCCCUACUGCUCUCACACCAAGUUGACGCGCAUAAGCUGUUUACAGAUUGAUUUCAAGUCUUCGUAGCUAGCGGGAGUAACCCACUCUUUCGCCAGCCACACAGAUUUUAAUACGUUGCUCGCAACCUUUCCUUAAAAUUAAUUGUAUCCUUGUAGUGUUCGGCUGUUUACAUUUUUGUACCGAUAUACGAGAUUACCAAGCUGCCCAUUUUACUUUUCGUCCUGUAUUUUUUUUCUUUCCCGUUAACAACUUUUUCUGAACUGGUCUCGAAGCAUUUACUUGUUAAGUAUGGAAUAAGAGCUCUCGUAACAGCGUUUUUUAAAAAUGCCUGCUCAAUUGGUAUGGACAAAACAAAGUAAAAAAAAUUCAUAACGUCAGCCGUGAGUCUCUACUUCCUAAAAUUAUGUCCAUAAAUAUUAAACCCUAAACGUGAUUUAUUGGAGAUUUAGACUGGUUCGGUCUCUUGAAUUACACCAUGGGAUUGGUUGGGCGACGAUAUUAUUUCUUUUAAGGAUUCUUAAGAAGAUGCGUAGGAAGCCAAAAUUUACCGUCAAAAACAGUCCCAUAAAGCAUUGCGUAAUAGCGCCGACCCAGUCUCGAGCGGAAUCUGAAAAUGACCAAUGUUGGCCCGUUUAUAUUUUGUUGUUACCAGGGACGACUCAGCGCCCGUCAUCCGCCGUGUCAGCAGUCAGGGUGGGAGCCUCAACAGGGGACUGCAGUCUUGGGGGACCGGUCCACCCCCUCUCCCUCGGGAACCACCGCCGCAAGAAGAGCCACAACCAUCUCUACAAACUAAAACACCGAAGUAAGAAAUAUGUUUAGUCUUGGUAAACAAAAAUACUCAUAGUCUAGUGGUAGGUGUAAGCUAAGUUGUAACGAAGGAGCGAAUCCAGGGGGUUCCCCUGGUGCUUGUGUACCCCCUCCCCCUCCUAACCCAGCUCUUUCUGAAUUUGUUUGGAUCUACCUUGACUGGGCGCAGAUUUGUUAAAAAUAUGGUUGUAUUUCUGCCUUCUUCUCAGCAAUAGCGACGAGAAUUUUUUCUAAAAAUAUCAGACAACUUAAAAAAAACAAGAGUUUAAAAUCGUUUUUCCAUGUUAACAUGUUCGUGCGAUGUUAAGUUUGUAUUUAAAGUCGUAGUGUUAUAUUUUAAAUGAAUGGUCAUUUUUCUUUUCUUGCUACAGGAAAGUUAAGACUAUAUAUCCUUGUGUAGCGGAAAACAGUUCGGAGCUUUCUUUCGAUGCUGGUCUUGUCAUCACUAACGGUAAGCCAAAUACUCAACACUGUUGCUGUAGUCUGGUUUGGUUUUAAAAAUGGCUCCAAACCAAAUGAAUCUAGGGAGCCUUUUUGAAAAGGUCUCUUUUGUCUUCCUUUCAGUUUUCCCGUGUUUUUUCUCCGUGUCUUCCCUUUCGCACCUGGCUUUUUAACGGCAAUGUCGCAAAGAUUUAGUCCUACUUUCAAAUCCAGCUGAAAGACGCGUUCUGUUAAUGAAAAUUCAAAUUAGUGGCAUAGUCGUCAGCGCUGUAAAUUAUUAGGCUAGUUUGAGAAAUACUGUGAAAAAGUGUUUCUGACUAAUGACGAAUGGGAAAGAAGUGCAAAGAAUUUUUGAAAAGUCGGAGUGGAGUUUUCAAGAAUAGGUGUGUUACUAUCGAAGCGCAUCUUGCUUAAUUUUAGACUAGUUAAGACAAAGAAUUGAAAAAAAUUAUCGUUUUACUGUCCUUUGAAUGAGCUACAUGUUCUUUCUUGUUUUGUCCUUAGUUCGACCUUCAAAAGAACCAGGCUGGUUGGAAGGAACAUUAAACGGGAGGACAGGUCUUGUACCAGAAAAUUAUGUCGAACCCAUAACAUAGCUAAGGGUUAAGUUAUAAUAGAGCUAGAUUAUUUUAAUUCUUAAUGAACAGAGAAGUCAUUUCUAUUAUAAAUUGUACUUAGAAUUACACAUGAUUGUCAAUAUUCCUCCUCAAACGAAAGGUGAGAAAAGACAAUUUAUGACUUAUUACGUAGAGGAGUGUAAAAACGGAUUGAACCCUUAGGUCGUCGAUGUGACGUCAUGCACGCCCGUAGCACGUGGACAUCUCAACAGUGUGAGCUGUUGUUAGCUAAGAGGAAAAAUCGAUUCCCGCACGUGCCAAAAGUAUGCCUAACGACACGUGCGUACUUCGCACGUAAAGGACAUGACAAGGCACGAUUACACUGUAAUUGGUACAAGUUAGCUUUUAAAUCGUCUUACAAAAAGAUAAAACGGGCUGAUUGAAGUCCAGUUAUUGAAGCGAAUGUAAAAUAAGUUAUCGGUUAACAAAUGGAGAGAGUCCAGUUUAUUAAUUUCUCCUAAGGAGAGACAGCCGUGAGGUUUCAAUAUUGCUGGCCCGUGAGGUUUCAGUAUUGCUGGAUUUCCAAAAGCUUAGUUGAUAGUCCUAAGUCGCGAACUAGAAGGGAAAGCGAUUUAUAAAUCUUGCAAGUUUUUUAGCGUUAUUUUUACAUUGUAGGGCAACCAACACAGUUAUGCGAGAAGUGAUCCUCUCUUUUAUGUAGUGCCAGAAAAAUCGCGAAGCACCGGUUAUUUUUUCGAGACUACAACGUUGGUUCAAAUCCUUUUUGUAAGCCUGGCCAGUGAUUGUCAAUUCAUAUUCUUUCGUGUAGUUUAACACUACAAAUCAAACUCUUGCUCUACUACCAUGUGUCUAAAUCAGGAACAGUGUCAAAUUGAAGCUUGCUUCCUUUCGUGUUUCAUAGGUCCAAUUUUUAAACGGGCCGCAAGAUAAAAUUUUCUUGUUGAUUUUCACUUAACUUUACUAAACCUUGUCCUUUCUUAAGUUCAAAAUUCAAAGGAAUAUCAAACUUAUCCUGUAUUAAGCGAUUUAAUUGUGCGAUUUCAAAGUGGAGGUAAUAUAAUGGUAAUUGAACGUCGUAUGGCGCAGUCAUAGUAUGAAAUCGUACUUAUGAUUUCAAUUUGAACUCGUGUAGCACACCUGUUCGAUUUUCAAACCACGCCUGUGAUUUUAGACCAGGUUAUACCCCAAUUACUGAAUUCUUAUCGGAGGCCUAGAAAUCAAAAUUCCUUUUCAUGUCUACUGAAGUCUAUUUGUGUACUUUAAUCAUCUGCGUUUACUGACCAUUUUAGUUUAUACCCAGAAGGUGUCCACAGGUUCAGAUAAUAUUAGAAAAUUCAACGGAACUACACGAAAGCGCUUGAGUUAAUUCUUAGUGGUUGCACCCUACCUUUUUGUACUGUGAAAAGUGCACUUUUCCUGAAUGCGUACUUUAGAGCGUUGGUUGCCCUCUUUUCGUUUUGUUUUAAAGUCUAACAAUUUGACAGCAUGUAGUCAUGCGUCAGAAGGGGAUUUGUACCCGGCGAUAAGCUUGUUCUAUUUUUUACUGAUGAUAACAAAUUAUGUAAGCGAAGGAAAUGCGGAGAGAAUGAAAAUUACGCUGUCGUAGCUGCCAAUUUUUUGGCUUGCUAAAACCUUAAAAAUCUUGAUCUACUCCUUGAGUUUUCUUGUGAAACGUGUUCUCGCUAAUCGGCACAUUAAAAUAUAGAUGUCAUCGUGCGAUCGAUGAAAUCAACCGUUGAAGAGGUGCUUUUUAGACUGCAGUGUUGCGCGCCGAGUUCCAGUUUUUGCUUCAUUAAUAUUGCAAUAUUGCAGCAGGGCAUAAAUGGAUACUUGGUGCAAUUUGAACAUGACUGAAACUGCAUCUGGAGUCUGGAACUUCAGUUGUUCUGUUAAAAAGGUUCUGAUGCGGCGGCAUACUUUCAAUUUUAUUAAAAAGGAAAACGCGUUUAAAAAAUGAAACAUGAUUUUAACGAGAUCUACAGCAAAAAGUCUGCGGUCUUCUUGAUGCUGUGAUAAACAGUUUUACGACCCUAACAACAAAAACAUUGAAUUUGUAAUUCAUGUAUUAGUUUUCAUAAUAUUAGGUCAGUAUUAAACCGCUUCCUUGUAGCUCUAAGUAAGUUUUGAAACUGGUAAUGUUUUAAUAGUUUAAUAAUAAACAAGUUACUCAAAGGGAGUAGCUUGUGGGUAAAAAUUGUGGCGCCGAUGCUUUUUCCCGUUAAACUGGACUUUAGUUUAAUCUUACUGAUCACUGAUCACUUUAUCAGCAAUUACAAUGAGUUGGAUCAAAUAUUUAAGUUUCGAAAAUAAAGAUGGCGGCCACUUCCAUUUGAAUACUUCAGUUAGAAAACGUAACGGUGCCGCGAAAAUGACGUCGCAUUCUUAAAGACUGUCCUUAGAGCAAGAUUUGUAAAAGGUGAACGUAGCCAUGACAGGAAAAAACGUUAUGUGCUACUGACAAUUCUAAUAACAAAUGGCGGGAAAUCGUAGCGGCGCCACGACGCAACGUCACAUUGAUACUGAUGAUUCUAAUUGGAACACUGAGGAAGCUGGCUUCUUACGUCUGAAUCACCGGGAAGUGUGGUUGUCUGUUAAUAGAGACGCUUUCCAUCACUAAGGGUUUCCCAGUAACCGCGUCAGCUGUAUAAGUAGGCAACCUUAAAAACCACAAGUGACAUUUUUAUACAUACAAGCCGUGAAGUGUUCGUGGUUAUAGUUGCCUUGGUAACUGUGCAAGUAGAUAGCAUUUUAGUGUAGAGAGUGUAUAAAAGAUUAAAUACCCAAGGUUAUAGAUGAUAUUCCCCCCGUGUCUUGGCAUUUUGUUGUGUCAAAGCGAGGGUGGUUGUCAAAGUCAGAAUUUUUGGUAUGUAGAGCGGACUGUCAGUUGAUGCCUGACGUAACCCUUCUUCCCUAUUAACUUGCAGGAAAGUUUACGCGUAAAUAGAGAAAUCUGAUUAUACUGUGCAUAUGUAGAGAGAAAAAAGUUGAAAGAAAUUAUAUUACAAAUGUCUUAUACCG